AUGUCGUCACCUUCAAGGCAGAUCAAAUGUGUCGUUGUUGGAGACGGAACAGUCGGAAAGACAUGCAUGCUCAUUUCCUACACAACCGACUCGUUUCCUGUUCAAUAUGUGCCCACAGUAUUUGACAACUAUUCGGCACAAAUGAAUCUUGACGGCAGUAUUGUGAACUUGGGACUUUGGGAUACGGCUGGACAGGAGGACUACGAUCGCUUACGACCGCUGUCCUACCCACAAACCGAUGUGUUCAUUCUUUGCUUCUCCGUUGUUUCGCCCGUCUCGUUCGACAAUGUGGCUAGCAAGUGGAUUCCGGAAAUUCGACAGCACUGUCCAGAUGCGCCGGUCAUUCUUGUUGGAACAAAACUCGAUCUCCGCGAUGAGCCAGAACCAAUGCGUGUGUUGCAAGCCGAGGGCAAAUCCCCAAUCUCAAAAGCACAAGGUCUGAAAAUGGCGCAGAAAAUCAAAGCAAUCAAGUAUCUGGAGUGCUCUGCAUUGACGCAGCAAGGUCUUACUCAGGUCUUCGAAGACGCGGUUCGCUCAAUUCUCCAUCCGAAACCACAGAAAAAGAAGAAGUCUUGCACCCUCAUGUAA